AUGCGUCCUACUCAGACCAUGCUCGGUGGCGGCGGCGGCGCCCCCAUCGGCAAGUACAACCACUACCUUGGUGGCUGGGGUAACUUUGGUGGCUUGAAGCAGAGGGGCAUCAUCUCCUACGGUAUCAGCCCUAACCGCCAGAACCCCCUCGCCGGCACUGCCCACGACGCCGUUUUCAACACCUUCAGACGUGUCAGCUCCCAGUUCCUCUACUGGGCCCCCUCCCUUGUUGCCGGCUACUACAUCAUGAACUGGGCUGUCGAGCGGAACCACUACCUCAACUCGAAGGCCGGUCGUGCUGAGUUCGCUGGCCAGGAGGAGUAA